CGAGACCGCAGAGGAAGCAGGAGCGAGUGGCGCGCUCUGCGGCCGCGACGGACGCAAGAUGGCGACGGCGACCUUAGCUCUCCAGGUCAAUGGCCAGCAAGGAGGGGGGUCCGAGCCAGCGGCGGUGGCAGCGGCGGCGGCAGCGGCAGUGGUGGCAGCAGGAGACAAAUGGAAGCCUCCUCAGGGCACUGACACCAUCAAGAUGGAGAAUGGGCAGAGCACAGCCUCCAAGCUGGGGCUGCCCCCCCUGACCCCUGAGCAGCAAGAGGCCCUCCAGAAGGCCAAGAAGUACGCCAUGGAGCAGAGCAUCAAGAGCGUGCUGGUGAAGCAGACCAUAGCGCACCAGCAACAGCAGCUUACCAACCUGCAGAUGGCAGCAGUGACAAUGGGCUUUGGAGAUCCUCUCUCGCCUUUGCAAUCGAUGGCGGCACAACGGCAGCGGGCGCUGGCCAUCAUGUGCCGCGUCUACGUGGGCUCCAUCUACUAUGAGCUUGGGGAGGACACCAUCCGCCAGGCCUUCGCGCCCUUUGGCCCCAUCAAGAGCAUAGAUAUGUCUUGGGACUCGGUCACGAUGAAGCACAAGGGCUUUGCCUUUGUGGAAUACGAGGUCCCAGAGGCUGCACAACUGGCUUUGGAGCAGAUGAACUCCGUGAUGCUGGGAGGCAGGAACAUCAAGGUGGGCAGGCCCAGCAACAUCGGGCAGGCCCAACCCAUCAUUGACCAGCUGGCUGAGGAGGCGCGGGCCUUCAAUCGCAUCUACGUGGCCUCGGUGCACCAGGAUCUCUCAGAUGAUGACAUCAAGAGCGUGUUUGAGGCCUUUGGCAAGAUUAAGUCUUGCACGCUGGCCCGGGACCCCACAACGGGCAAGCACAAGGGCUAUGGUUUCAUCGAAUACGAGAAGGCCCAGUCGUCCCAGGAUGCUGUGUCGUCCAUGAACCUCUUUGACCUGGGAGGCCAGUACCUGCGGGUGGGCAAGGCCGUCACCCCCCCCAUGCCCCUACUCACGCCUGCCACACCUGGAGGUCUCCCGCCUGCCGCUGCAGUGGCUGCAGCUGCAGCCACAGCCAAGAUCACAGCGCAGGAAGCAGUGGCUGGAGCAGCAGUGCUGGGCACGCUGGCCACGCCAGGAUUGGUGUCACCUGCCUUGACGCUAGCCCAGCCUCUGGGCGCUCUGCCCCAAGCUGUCAUGGCUGCCCAGGCCCCUGGUGUCAUCACAGGUGUGACCCCGGCCCGUCCUCCCAUUCCGGUUACGAUCCCCUCGGUGGGGGUAGUAAACCCCAUCCUUGCUAGCCCUCCAGCGCUGGGUCUCCUGGAACCUAAGAAGGAGAAGGAAGAAGAGGAGCUGUUUCCCGAGUCUGAGCGGCCGGAGAUGCUGAGCGAGCAGGAGCAUAUGAGCAUCUCGGGCAGCAGUGCCCGCCACAUGGUCAUGCAGAAGCUGCUCCGGAAGCAGGAGUCCACAGUGAUGGUGCUGCGCAACAUGGUGGACCCCAAGGACAUUGAUGAUGAUUUGGAGGGGGAGGUCACCGAGGAAUGCGGCAAGUUUGGGGCUGUGAACCGUGUCAUCAUCUACCAGGAGAAGCAGGGCGAGGAGGAUGACGCCGAGAUCAUUGUGAAGAUCUUUGUGGAGUUCUCCAUGGCCUCUGAGACUCACAAGGCCAUCCAGGCCCUGAAUGGGCGCUGGUUCGCGGGCCGAAAGGUGGUGGCUGAAGUGUAUGACCAGGAACGUUUUGACAAUAGUGAUCUCUCCGCGUGACCUUGGCCCCUUCCCGGACUCGCCCCUUGUCUUCUCUGCGUUUUAUAAAACGAUCUGUGGUAUCCCAGGGCCUGAUCGGGCCCACUGUGUGGAUAUAAAUGCAGACGUUGCUGCUGGCCC